AUGUUUAUUUUUGUGGGGGGAGCAGCUCCGAGUCGCUUUGUUGGGCAGGGGCAGGAAGAAAAGCAGAAGCGGAGACAGGAAGAGAAGCAGGAAGAGAAGCAGAAGAGACAGGAAGAGCAGAAGCGGAAGCAGGAAGAGAAGCAGAAGAGACAGGAAGAGCAGAAGAGACAGGAGGAGAAGCAGGAAGAGAAGCAGAAGAGACAGGAAGAGCAGAAGUGGAAGCAGGAAGAGAAGCAGAAGAGACAGGAAGAGCAGAAGCGGAAGCAGGAAGAGAAGCAGAAGUGGAAGCAGGAGGAGAAGCAGAAGAGACAGGAAGAGAAGCAGAAGAGACAGGAAGAGCAGAAGCGGAAACAGGAAGAGAGGCAGAAGAGACAGGAAGAGCAGAAGCGGAAACAGGAAGAGAAGCAGAAGAGACAGGAAGAGCAGCAGGAAGAGAAGCAGGAAGAGAAGCAGAAGAGACAGGAAGAGCAGCAGGAAGAGAAGCAGAAGCCGGUUCUUGUUGUCUACCUGAAAUGUAGUAGUUAUCAUACCUCAACUUGCUGGAUCUGCCGUAGUUAUUCCAGCAUUCUUGGACGAUGUGGCGAGCUGCCCACUGGUCCUGGCAGACAGCAAAAUCAAUUCCCUGCUUCUUUGCCAGGUUCGUGAAAAGGCUGAUAGCCCAGUUGCUAUCCUUGCUUUGCAGCUUAGCAAAGUAGCAGGUCGCGCUGUUGUCAGCACGAUCCCGCAAUCUCUUCUCCAGAACGACCACAACACGCUCCCGGAUGUGCUUGAUGUCCGUCUUGGCUUUGAUCAAAGCACCACCUUCAAAC